UGGGCGGCGUGUUUCUCAAAACAGUUGUUUGGCAAACUUAGAAAACUAUCUUGCUGAGAACGAACAAAGAAAGACUUUGGUUAACAAACAAAGACCAUUGUAAACGAACAAAGAUCUCGGUGAUGGUUCUUUUUUUUCUUCUGGUUUGUCUUACUAUACAAGUAAAUGCAUUGACUGAUCCACUUCCCUAUGAAGAAAGUAUUUUGAAGCACGAUUUAAUAAAAUGCAUGCCAGGACACGAGUUUCAGUGGGAAAAAACUGAACCCGACGGAAAUAAUUUAAAACUAACAUAUUCUUGCGCAGGAAGUGGAAAGCGCGAAAAAGAAUAUAGUUGUGAGAGUGGAUACAAAGCAUCAUCAAAAAGAGAUGUAUUAUGCGAUCCAGGUCCUGAUCCAAAUUUCGGAAUAUUUCGAGGCGGAAAAGAUCCAAAUGUCAUGGACUCGGCAAGAAUAGUUUAUUUUUGUAUGAGAAAGUCUGUGAACAAUCUUCCAAGAUGCAAAUAAUUUAUGUAUUUAUAUUGUUUACUUAUAUUAUACAUUUUAGAACU